GCAACUUUUUUCACUAUAUGACCAUUCCACCUCCAUAUUAUAAUAGUGAUCCACAUUCGUUUGGCUUUUCGACAGCCAGGUCAAGAUGGCCAAAAAUUCUUCACACAGCAAUCGAUGACACGGCUUCUGAGAUCUCGAAUAGAGAAGAUAUUGAUGCGAAAGCGGAAGGAGCUCAAAUUAUUGAGGAAAUCAAUCAAUUGAUUGAGGAAUUACUAACCAAUUCACGUCUCACGCCUUUUUCGGACCUUUCCAUUCCAGGAUUGAGAUCCUAUAAUGAAACUUUGUCAAAAAUUGGAGAGGUGACGUGGUUGACUGGUCCUUGGUUAUUCUGUGAGUGUUACCUGUACAGACGUCUGGAUACAAUUUUCAAGAAUAAGUCAAAGUGGCAACAUUUUGAUGUGUUUGAAAGGCUCAAGAGAGAAACAUUUAAGUCGUCGGCGUUGGGAAUAUACGAGCUUGCAAUUACAUAUAAGCAGUUAAACAGCCAAAUUCAAGUAAAAAAAGAUGAUGAGAUGGAUUUGGAGAGCUUGCAAUUGUUAUUUGAAGAAUUUGUUGAUAUUUCAUUGUGGGGUAAUGCUACCGACUUAUCUUUGCUAGCAAACGCAUCUCUAGAUGAUAUCAAAUCCGUUCAAGGCAAAGAGGCACGAGCAAAAUCGUCACAAAAUAUAUUGUGCAACGAUCUGCCCCAGGCUUGGGACCGUCUUCUUUCUUUACCAUUGGCAAAAAGGCGAAUUGAUUUUGUUUUGGAUAAUGCAGGAUUUGAGUUAUUCACAGACUUGAUGCUCAGCUUGCUGUUGCUGGAUACGAAACUCAUCGAAAAAGUGGUUCUGCACUGUAAGUGUAGACCAUGGAUGGUGAGCGAUACUAUGAAAAAGGAUUAUCACAUUUUGAUCAACGAUCUCAAAGAUCCUUCUAUUUUUGGUCAAAACAGAAUCGAAAUCGAUUUCCUGGUCUCAAAGAUCGAAAGUUAUAGAAUUCAAGGGAAGAUAGAAUUGCAAGAGUCGGAAUUUUGGACAGUGGAUCUUGAUUACUGGAAUUUGAGCCCUUCUGAGACCAAAUUUGGGGGGGCUGAGCUGUACAAGUAUUUUCAGAAUUCCUGUUUAGUGAUCGUUAAAGGUGACCUAAACUACAGAAAAUUGACCGGAGACAGGCAUUGGCCAAGAGAUACUCCAUUCACCACAGCAAUCAAUACACUGGCAAGUUCAAAAAUCCAUAUCCUUGCAUUGAGAACGUGUAAGGCAGACGUAUGUGCAGGUUUGUCGCCAGGAAAAGACGAAGAACUCUGUCAGUACUGGAAAAGUCUAGGAAACGAAUACGGGGAAUUGUGGUGCUCGAGUGGAAAAUGGGCGGUCAUAUCAUACAGUGAUGGUGAAAAGUGAAUUUGGUAGCCCAUGAGCCAGUGAUGGCUAUUUAUCACUUUUGAUUAUUGGUCGGUAGAGGCAAUGGGGCUGGAAACGGCAUAAAUGGCAUCAUAGUAGGUACCAUUGUAGCUAAGUGUUGCCGCUUGUUCGGCUCUUCUUCCCUUUCAUUUUUUCUCUUAUGUUGUUCCACAAACAAAUCUACCUUUCGCUGUAAUGCCUCGUCGACUUCAAGAGAAUCAAGAUAAAUGUCCUCUUGACCACAAUUCGGACACUUGAAAUCUGACUCCAAAAGUAGAUCUUCAAUGUAAGGUCUUGAAUACAGUUGUUUGCAACAUUUAGUUCUCACAGGAGUUUUCCAAAGCUUACCUGAAUGAGGAUCCCUUAGUUCAGGAUCUUCAAUCGGGAAAUCGUCUUCCUCUUGCUUAGAUUGCUGAAUGGUCUGAUAUCUUUGCCACGCUUUUUUAUCAGCAACUGCCACCACGUAUUUUCCCUCUUCAUUCACCAUGAAGUUCUGAUUAGGUUCGUUGACGAUGUCAGUCGGAUUAUCAACAGUGCGUAAAUACGAUUUUGGUAUUCCAGUCGUUUUUUUGAUCCUGAUGCCAUCCCAAUUGGGAUCAUUAUUCUUUGGACAGUUUCUAAUAUGAUGUUUCCCUUUCUCGCCGCAUUUAUAGCAAAUGUAAUAUUCAGGAAUGUUUUCAUCAAGUUUCAAAUUUUGUCUAUUACUUUCCACUCUUUGUGCAGUGGCCAUGAGAGCCUGUUGUUGAUUCCACUGGUCGUCCUGCUGAUUGAACAUCUGACGAAUUCUCUCCUCUUCAUUAGUAGGUAUGACCGGUGCUGAAUCUGUCGUUGAGACUGGAAUCGGAGCUUGAAAUUUUGCAAUCCUUGGCUUUCCUGCCAUAUAUCGCAAAACGUUUCCUCUUCCUUUCUUGCCACCUGAAGUUCUUCUUACUAGCACUGUUGAUGCUCGUUGUAUGACUUCAUUAUCAUCGUCGUACUCCUUAUCUGGAUCUUCAACAUGAUAUAAUAAAAUAUCUGUGUCCGUGGAAUUAAUCAGCUUAUUGGCAUAAAUAAUUUCUCGUUUGAGUUCGAAUACCGUAAGCCCAGUACCAUCAAACUUGAUGGUCGAAAUCAAGUCAUCGCGUUGCGAUCUGAACUUAUAGUAUAUGACAGCCAUAUAAAAGAAACUUCACAAGUUCCGCCACUAACUUCGCA